CGAAAUAACGUGCUCAAGCGUGUUGUGAACUGAAUGCUGAAGCGGCAGAGGUUGACCGAGCCUGGUGCAAUCGUGUCUCUGAUUUUUGUUUCCAGCCAUGACCAUGCAGUUCAUCAGUCACCGGUUUCCAGAGGAUCAUGAUCCCACAAUUGAGGAUGCUUAUAAAAUACGAAUACGCAUUGAUGACGAACCUGCCAAUCUGGAUAUCUUGGACACGGCAGGACAGGCAGAGUUUACAGCCAUGAGAGACCAGUACAUGAGGGCUGGCGAGGGAUUUAUCAUCUGUUAUUCAAUCACAGACCGGCGUAGUUUCCAUGAAGUGCGUGAGUUCAAACAGCUAAUCUAUCGAGUUCGACGCACUGAUGACACUCCCGUGGUCCUAGUGGGAAAUAAAUCUGAUCUGACACAGCUACGGCAGGUCUCCAAAGAAGAAGGCUCUGCUUUAGCACGAGAAUUCAACUGCCCUUUUUUUGAAACUUCAGCUGCAUACCGUUAUUAUAUUGAUGAUGUAUUUCAUGCUCUUGUGCGAGAAAUCCGCAGGAAAGAAAAAGAAGCAGUAAUGGCAAUGGAAAAAAAAUCAAAACCGAAAAGCAGCGUGUGGAAAAGACUGAAGUCACCGUUUAGAAGGAAGAAGGAUUCAGUCACUUGAACAGGGAGAAUGCCUCUGCAAAAUAAAACAAAACCUGUGAAUAGCCAUUUGUAACCAAAGCGGUUUAGUGACAACAUUUUGACGGCGUGUUUUAAACCUGAUGGGACUUUUAUGAGGGAAUGCAUAACUUUUACCAAUUUUUUUUUUUGAAUGAUAUUCCCUUAAUUUUGGGUAUUUAACUUAAGACACAGUAACAGUUGUACUUUUGUUUGUUGUCAUUUUUUUACUGGAUCCAGCAAAUGUUGCUUGUAUGUCGGUUACAAAUGCUGAUAGGUUUAUGUCCCUGCACUUUUGAAUGUUUGUCUUCGGUUACUGCGUACUGGAAGCUGAAUUGUGUAAAAUAUUGCUGAAGUUCUACCCAACCUAACUUAAUUCAUUUUUUUCCUAGUUUGCACAAGAAAAUUUUGCCGCUCUCCGGAACAGUAACCCACAUCACGAGAGGCGGCUUGUCGAGGUCGUGCUGAAAAAUAGUUUACAAAGUGUAUGUCAUGACUAGCAGCCUUGGCUGUGUAUAGAUGUCACUGAAUGGAGCUGUGCUAGAGUUCUUGUGUUCUCAUUGAACAGAUUUUUUCCAGCAAAAGUAAUGUGGAAUACUUGUACAAGUUUAUCUAAAUUAUCAGUUAAUCAGCGGUGUUGUAGGUGGGAUUCUAAACAAGUCAGAAAAAGCAAAUUAUGGUUCCUAUGGCAGCUAUAACUUGGCAACAGUGCAUGAAUAUGUAGCAUUUUCCUACUGUAUAUAGCAUUUACUGUGUUGCCAUAGCAUGUGUAAUGUAGUGAUGCUGUAGAGACCACAGCUUUGAAUUUUCUGACUUGCGUGUUAAAAAUCACAGCUGUAAUGGUGCGCUGGCUUAUUUAUUUACAUUCGUGUCAGUUUUAUGUUCUUGUCUUAAAGGAGCCAGUAUCUUUGUUAAGUAGAAGUCUCUAACAUAGUCAUUUCAAGUUAUUCUAUGAUAACUACUUUGUAGAGAAACUGACUGAUACUGAGGUAUCUGGGCCCAGAAUUAAUAUUCCUUAUACUGGUAAGAUUCUUCCAAUGCAGUCUUAAAAGUAGAAUUGCCGGUGCAGUGGAAGGAAGCGAUUAGCUGGACAGAGUGACAGUCCUGACAGAUACUCACAUCCCUGACCUUGCAUGUGUGGGCGGUCCAGGCAGUGCAGGUUCAGGUUUUCUUGCACUCGUAAAGAAUGACGUGGUUAAGAGAGUGCUUCCGAGGGAGACUCUCCAUACGUAGAGAGAUUCUCUGCUUUAGAGCUGAUUUACAUAUACAUCGGUUAUAGAAUUUAAAUCCAGCAGAGAGAGGGAUGUCUGGUGUUCCUCUUGAUUUUGUUUUUUAAUAAUAGAACAAAUCAUAGUUAGGUAACUCAGACAUGGUUAAAACAAGUUUCUCGGAGAACUAAGUGCCUAGAAUCUUUCAGUUUAAGAGUGAAAGAGCUUAGUAGACUAAGUGUAGUAUAGCUUCUAUCAUCUGUGUCGGUAACUACGUUAAUCUUACUGAACAAAAAUCAGAUCUGUAAUGUCAGUCUUAGUGUGCUGGAUGUGAUAGUGCAGUCAAAACUGAAAAUUUUUGUGUAAAAGGAUUAGUACAAGAAGCAAGGAUAGCAAAUAUAUAAACUUAAGCUUUUUUUCUUUCUAACUCCUCAUUGCUUAAGAUACGACUGGAAAUUCUGUGCCUGUUGGUUUUAAGAGUAUUAUUUUUGUGUAAGAUUUAAAAAAACUUAUAAUGAGAAAUCUGGAGGAGGGGUACCUUUAUUUUGUUUGUGGCUGAGCUAAACAUUUAAAUUGGUUUCUGUUUCUCACUCCUAGUGCUCCAGCGUUACGCUACGCUGGUAAUAAUCCCACGUACGUUGUUUGAAAAAGAGGCUGAGAAUAAUCCAGUCUGUUUAGAAUUUAAGACCUCUUUUAUGUUAACUGUGUGAGCAGUUGUGCGCCUCUUUUCAGUAGUUACUGGUUUAGGACUGAAAGCCCUACUAAUCAUUCAUUGUUGGAUUAAAUGCUGUCUAAAACUCAGAUAAAAAUCCUGGGAAAACCAUCUAGCAGAAAACUUGAGGAGAAGGAGGGGGCAACAGCUAAGAAGUUGCUCUAAAAGCAGUCGCUGAUUCUGUCAUCAUAAAAAUUAUGUCAGACCAGCCUUCUGGAAAUGCUGAACGGGGGCCUAAUUGUGAUGACGAGUUUUCCCCGUGUUUUUCCUUGAUACAGUAAGUUAACAUAAAAUACUGGUCGGCUUCCUACAUUCAAAGUUUUUGGAUAAUAUGUGAAAGUAACCUGUCAGCAGCACUGAAAGCUGUGUGGGACUAUUUUCACCUUUAAGUAACAGAUGUCUGUGCCUUACGUGAUUCCUUCAAUGCAAUUUAAGUGUUUACUAAUGCCUUUUGUGAGCCUGUUGCUUAUAGAAUUAUUACAUCAGAACAGCAGCAAGCACUUUUUUUACACAGUGUUAUUCAAAAAGAGUUUUAUUUUUGUCAUGUAUAAAUUU